GAGUCCAUAUUCGAUAUUCGAAUUUUCAAUUCGAAUAUAAAAUGGAAUCAUUAUAUAGUUUUGCCAACUCUAAUAACCAUCCCUACAGAGUAUAGACAAAACUCAAAAUUAAAAUGGUAGACAAAGAGAAAACGGAUAACCCGUGUGCUAAACAAAUCGAACUUCCCAGCCUUAAUGAAUCAUUCAUCUAUUUAAUUUUUAAUGACUUCCUCCAAUUGACUCUCUUCUUAGCAAAGAAGAAGACUCAAAAGGUUAGGACCAAAUUCCAAGAAAUGACGCACAGUUUCUAAAAUUUUCCAUUUACAUUACCCAAAAUACAGAAAUUGAUAUUUGAUCGACGGCAAAGAAUUUCGAGGGAAGCAGAAAAACAGGAGAUGGAAAGAGAUGGACCACCAAUUGAUGAUUGCUGUACAAUUUGCCAUGAAAGCUUCAACAUUCCUUGCCAAGCUAAUUGUUCUCACUGGUUUUGCGGGCGUUGCAUUUUGGAAGUAUGGGAGCAUGGAUCAGUGAUGCAACCUUGCAAAUGUCCUUUAUGUCGCCGCCCCAUCAAUCUGUUAAUACCUGAUGAUACUUCUCAACAGCAACAGGCUGAUCCACAAGUUGCUGACAUCAUAAGAAAUUUGGAGGUAUAUAAUCGUCGAUUUGGUGAACGUCAAUCUGAUUUCAUCCAGAGACUACGAGAUCUUCCCUUUCUUCUCCGAAGGCUGUUGCGUGAUUUGAUGAAUCCUCAAAGAUCUUUGCCAUUCGUCAUUAAGUUUCGCGUCUAUUUGGCAAUGCUCUUGAGUAUCAUAUACUUGUUGAGUCCUGUGGACAUUAUCCCUGAAGCAAUACUAGGAGUAAUCGGUCUUCUGGAUGAUCUGAUCGUAAUGCUCGUUUGCUUCUUACAUGUGGCUGCCAUCUAUCGAUCUGUUCUUGUUGGUCGUCAUGGGGGUUUGUGAAGUAUCCUGUUCUGGUGGACGACUUAACUCAGAUGGAAAAGAUGGGUUGAAGGAUUCAAAAAAGAGAUCUUGUAACUGAUUCAGUAGACAGUAGACAAUUCCCUCUUAUCAAUUUUUAGGCAAAUUGAUUAUCAUUAGUAGUAGUAGCCUAGUAGGAGGACCUUUUCCUUAUACAAUAACUGAUUACUGAUUAGUGAUUAGCAAUUGUUAGACGUUUUUUUUUUCCUUUGUAUACUCUCUUUAUCUUUACCUUUGAGUCUGCAUCCGAAAACUUCAGAAGAUCUCACAUAUUUGAGUCUUAUAGUUGCACUCAAAGGGAUUGCUUAAGAAGAAUUUUCUCUUUUGAUUAACUGAACAAUUCCACCUAUGAAUCAUACUUCUCGCACAAGAUCAUAUAACAUCACAAAAGUAAUCACUUAUAACCUUAAAAUAAUCAUUUGUAA